AUGAGGAGCACCUGCAGAUUCUUUGACCAGACCUGUGGCCCCCACAAGUCUUACAAAUAUACUUACAUGCCUGAUCCUCGUAAAUUGGCGCCGAUCGAAACUACAACUCGCAGCGAAAUUCUUCCUCUAGUUAUUCGUCCUCCAACGUCCUAUGUUCCAAAUCAUGAGACCUUUCUUGAAAAGGUGGAUAUUCAUCGUUUAAAACCAACGAGUGAUUUUAAAGCUGCAUUUAAGGAUUGGAAUGACCUGAUGAGUUGUGACAAACGACAGUUGCGGGUCCGAGGUAUACCGCGAAUGACCCGAAUUGCCAUUAGAAAUGCUGUUCAUGCCUUUCAGAAUGGGAAUCCGCCUGAGUAUUUUGACACUAAGGAGGAAUGGUUGUAUUACAAACAAUUCAAAACCAUUGAUUUUAGUUAUCGCGUUAUUCCUGAAUUACCUGAAAAAUAUCGUCCUCAUCAAAAUGGAAUUGAUCAGGCACCUUUGCCAGAUUAUCGUGAGAUUAACAAAAUGCCUGAAUGGGCUAGGAAGGAAGAAGAACGCCUAAAGGAGAAAAAAAUUUAA